UAUAUAAAGAGAAUCCUGGUGACUUACUCAGUAUUAAGUUGUCAUACACGUGUACGAGUAGGUACACACACCAGUUCAAGUAGUAACAGUAAUAAAGUAAUUAAAUUUUAACUAAAAUGUAUAAAGUCUGUAGUUUAUGUACUUUCCUUUACUUUGUAAUUUUAAUGGCUACCUGUAGAUGUUGGGUGAUGACAGACGUAGAUGGUGACUAUUUAGACCUUGAAUACGGUAUACCGGAAGAGGACUUGCAGGGAAUAAGCAAUUCUGACCUGCCACAGAGGAGAUUCAGCCUCAUUUUUCCUGGUACGAAAUGGUGCGGGGCUGGUAACGUGGCAGACGACUACGAAGACCUAGGAUCCGAACGGGAGACAGACAUGUGCUGCCGGGAUCACGACAACUGUCCUGACCUCAUACUGGCGGGGGAAACCAAGAAUAACCUGACCAAUUCAGCUUUCUACACCAGGUUAAGUUGCGAAUGCGAUGAAGGGUUUCGAAAAUGUCUCCACGAUGCGAACAGCACCACAGCCAAACGCAUCGGAGUUAUUUAUUUCAAUGCACUGGGGACAAAAUGCUACAGGAAGGAUUAUCCGAUUGUGAAAUGCACAAUGCGCGGAGGUUGGUUCAAGAGGAAAUGUUUACGAUACGACGUCGAUAUGAAUGAGGAUCAGAUAUACCAAUGGUUCGACGUGAGUAACUAUUGAUAGCCGAUGAUGAAUCAAUAGUAAUAGAAGUAAUAGAAGAAGAAAUAAUAAAUAAUGUAUAAAUUAACUGGGAACAAAACACGCACGAUCAUCCGACCUCAAAUUAGGACUACCCUGUUAUGGAUACCAGAGACUGACAUACAUACUUAUAUACAUUUAAAUAUAUACAUACAUAGAUAAUAAAAAGUCAGAAAAAGAGUAAACAAACCUGUUCAUCACACGAAUGUUUGCCUGAUGUGGGAAUCGAACCCAGGACCCUCGGCACAAAAGUCAGACGCGUUAACUAUUGCACCAUCGAGUCAAUCGAAGUGUGAAAAUGAAACAAAACGGCCUCAUUAACGUCCCAAAGACCUUCCCUGCUGGAUAAAGACUUCCUCCCCAAAAUCAUCCUAAAAUACUGCCGCAUCUUGGAGCGGGUCUCCCACUCUGUGACGUCACGUACGCAGCCCCCACUAAACCACUUAUUACCCAUGUGAUUAUUCUAAUUAAGAAAUACGAUAUGUUUAACUCAAUAUUCCGAUAGUACAGUGCUAUUUUCUGCUAUAAUUGUAUUUUCAAGUUUGUUAUUAAAUUUUGGCGACAUUACUUUAAAGUUUUUUUUUUUAAAUGUCCUACGUAUUAAAUUAUGUGCUUUUUUGGGAUUAAAUUUGUAAUAAAUAUAUCUAUUGUUUGAAA